CCGCGCCGAAAGCGCGACGGAAUGACGCCGUCGCGCGCGCUCCCGCGCGCGCUCGGCGUCGCGCGCGCCGUCGCGCGACGCGGCGUCGCGUCCGACGCGCGCGCGACGCCUCGCGAGACCUCGCGCGCGUCCUGGGCGCUGCUCCUGCCGUCCGUCGCCGCGGGCGCGCUCGGCGCGUGGCAGCUCGCGCGGCGCGAGGAGAAGCUCGCCGCGACGACCGCGCGCGCGGCGUGCCUCGAGCGCGUCGUCGACGCGUCGCGGAUUCGCGCGGGCGCGGACGACGGCGCGCGCGCGCGCGUCGAGGGCGAGAUGGACCUCGCGAGGACGGCGCGCGUGGGACCGCGCGCGCGAAGCGUCUGCGGCGUCGCGGUUCCGGGGAGCCUGAUCGUGACGCCGGUGCGAUUGCGAGCGAAAAAAAAGGGAUGGUUUGGACGGGGGGCGAGCGCGGCGGCGGGCGAGGCGGAGACGGUGCUGCUGCUGCGAGGAUGGGCGCCGGACGCGUGGACGGAUGCGGACGCGGCGGCGGGCGCGUGCGCGAAGACGGAGGGCGUGGUGCGCGGGAGCGAGCGAAAGGGGCGGUUCACGCCGGAGAAUGAACCGGGAGAAGAUCGGUGGUUUUGGUUGGACGCGCCGGCGUUGGCGGAGUCGCGCGGGUUACCGAGAGACGCGCCGUUGAUACAGGCGAUUCGCGCGGGGAGCGGGGACGAGACGACGUACCCGUCGGCGGCGACGAAGGAGGAGUUGAUGCGGUUUCCGGUGUCGCCCGAGCAACACUCGGGUUACGCGGCGACGUGGUUCGCGCUGAGCGCGGCGACGGGGGCGCUCGCCGUGGUUCGCAUCAGGCGAGGCGUCGGACGUCGAUUUUAG